AUGGGCCUUUUCGAUUCUCUCGAAAAGAAAUUCGAUGAGUUGAAGAAGGACAUCGGUUUCGGCGGUUCCAAGCAACCACAGCAAGGCUAUCCCGGAGCUCAACAACAAUCCUACUACCCUCCCCCUCAAGGUCAAUACCCACCGCCUCCUCAACAAUGGGGCCCUCCUCCACCUCAAGGCCAGCACCCAGGCUCUCCACCUCCUAAUCCUCCACAACCACAGCAACAACCCCAAUCCGGCAACCCCACUGACUACUGGGUGCCCACCCUCCACGCCUCCCGCGCCGUCUCGGAAGACUGGGACCAAAAGAUCGGCAACGGCGACAACGGCUGGGGCAACAACGAGCUCCAGCACUACACCUCCAGCAACGACAACUCCUUCUACACGCCCAACAACAAACUCGUGUUGCGCGCCGUCUCCAACCCCUCAGACCCCAACCCAGCAACACGCUACACCUCGGCGCGCCUCGUGUCCCGCCAACGCCUCGACCGCCCCCGCGGCUGCCUGACCGCCACCAUCAACAACCCCAGCGCGCCCGGCAUCUGGCCCGCCUUCUGGCUGCUGCCAUCCGAGCCCUUCGGCUGGCCGCACGAAGGCGAGGUCGACGUGGGCGAGAGCUGGAACGCUGACCCUACAAACCACACGUGCCUGCACUGGGGGCACUUCACGCCCCAAGACAACGACAAGCACCGUGUCGUGGACACGCCCAUCCCCGACCUGGGCCGGCGCGCCGUCAAAUAUGAAUUUGCGUGGGAUCAAGAUGACGCGAGCGGCCGCGGCAGGUAUCUAUGGUGGAUCGACGGGCGGCCGGUCAUGAAGUGCGAGAUCCCCAAGGGGUUCCGACGCAUGAAGGAGUGGACGGUCUUGUUGAAUAUUGCGAUGGGCGGGAAUGUCUGUCAGGGGAAGACGCCGCCGCAGGGGACGUUUGAGAUGGUGGUGCAUGAGCUGCGCCUGAGUGGCGAGUGUGACGGCGGAUGGGGAAGGUUCGAGGGGAGUUGGUGGCAGGCGCCGGAGGGGAGGCGGAUGUAA